GGACCGAUCUGAAGGUCACUGGGAUUGACUUUCUCAAGAGCGAGAACUGCCGCCAGCACCACACGGAUGCAUACAACAUCAAGAACCUGGUGGUGCGGCGUGGGCAGCCCUUUCAGGUGCAGCUCAGCCUCAGCAGGGAACUGAAGGCUGCCGACAAGCUGUCGCUGCGUUUCGGCAUCGGUGAAAAGCCAAUGAAAAUCAGGGGGACCCUGAUGUCUCUGAAGCCAAAGCAAGAGCAGGACCUCGGCGGGUGGCAAAUCUCCAUGGUCAAGAACAGCGGCAAAGAGUGCCUGCUGUCUAUCACCAGCUCACCCAAGGCCCCGGUGGGAAAAUAUACCCUGAACGUGAAGACUGGGAUGAACAUUUACAAGCCUGAAAACAAUGCUGUCUACCUUUUGUUCAAUCCUUGGUGCGAAGCUGAUGUCGUCUUCCUGGCUGAUGAUGCACAGAGAAAGGAGUACGUGCUCAAUGAUACAGGCUUCAUCUACGUUGGGUCUGCAUACAACAUAUACAAUAGACCCUGGAAUUUUGGGCAGUUUGAAGAAUUCGUCUUGGAUGCCUGCAUGUAUCUGCUGGACAAAAGUAAUCUCAAGCUGAGCAAUAGAAGGGAUCCUGUGUUUGUUUCCAGAGCCAUGUCUGCUUUGGUUAAUGCCAACGAUGACAACGGUGUGCUGCUGGGGAACUGGUCAGGGAAGUACAGCAAUGGGACCUCCCCUAUGGAUUGGAUUGGGAGCGUCUCAAUUUUGCAGCAAUAUUACAAAACGAAGAAGCCGGUCUGUUAUGGUCAAUGUUGGGUCUUCGCAGGAGUCCUCACUACAGUCAUGCGCUGCUUGGGGAUCCCAUCCCGCUGCGUGAGUAACUUCAACUCAGCACACGAUACAGAGGAGAACCUGAGAGUUGACAUUUACCUGAAUGAAUUAGGAGAAAAGCUGAACUGGAUGUCCCUCGACUCCAUCUGGAACUUCCACGUGUGGAACGAUGUCUGGAUGAAGCGGGCGGAUCUACCAUCAGGGUUUGAUGGCUGGCAGGCAAUCGACUCAACACCUCAGGAGCAAAGUCAAGGUGUUUUCCAGUGUGGUCCAUGCCCACUGAAGGCUAUCCGAGAAGGGGACGUGUAUUUGCCCUUCGACAGCAAGUUUGUGUAUGCAGAAGUGAAUGCUGACAAAGUCUACUGGGUCGUCAAGAAGGUGAACGGCAAGGACAAGUACAUCAAGAUUAACACUGAGACCCAAGGCAUUGGCGUGAACAUAAGCACAAAGGCCGUGGGGCAGGACAAGCGGGAAGACAUCACCGCGCAGUACAAGUUCCCUGAAGGCUCUGAAGAGGAAAGGAAGUCCAUGCAGAAAGCUUCCUCCUUCAUACGCCCUUCUGGAAUGAUACCUCGUGCACGCUUUGCUUCAGCUCUGCCCAUGGAUAAUGCGGUCUCCAAGCCUGGGGUCCUGCAAGAGACCAUCUCCAAGACUGGGCUCCAGCUUGAGAUAACCAAUAAAGAACCUUUGUAUCCUGGAAAUCCCCUUGAACUGGGCGUCACAGUGAAGAUCUCUACUCCUGGGAGCUGGACUAUCAAUCUUGUCGGCUCCUGCCAGCUGCAGUCCUAUACUGGGAAAAUUGAGGCCAACCUUGGAUAUGUCAAGGAGAUCGUCAAGCUUGAAGGCAAAUCUGAGACACAGGUCCCUCUGAAAAUUGAGCCCGAUACAUACAUGAAGACACUGUCCUCGGUGGAAGACGAAGUGUUCAUCCGUGUCACCGCCAUUGCUGAGGUCCAGGGGAUAGAUGACAAACUCACCAAGGAGACGACGAUGAGCUUUGAGUAUCCCCCCAUCACCGUCCAGAUGCCAGAAACGGCCAAACUGAACGAGGAGUUCUCCUGUGCCUUCAUCUUCAAGAACAAGCUGAACAUGCCCCUGGACAACUGCAAGCUGCGGGUGGAGGGCUUGGGCAUAUUUAAGAUGUCAACAUUUGAUCAGGGGGAUGUAAAGCCUGGUAGGAUCAUGAAGUCUGAAAUAAUAUGCACUCCGACGAGACUAGGAGAGAAGAAAAUAGUAGCCAAGCUGACCUCGACCCAGAUCAAAGGGAUCUCUGUGGAGAAGGGCAUCACCAUCACCGAGUAG